AUGGCCAACUUGACGGAAAGGAUGUCUGGUGCGGAGUACCUAGCCUCCAUUUAUGGUACAGAAAAAGAUAAGGUGAAUUGUUCAUUCUUCUUCAAAAUCGGUGCGUGUAGACACGGAGACAAAUGUUCGCGAACGCAUAUCAUUCCAACUUUUUCACAAACAGUUCUUCUGAAGAAUUUGUAUCACAAUCCUGUUAUUGAUAUGCGUCAAGCAGAUGCAUGUACAAAGGUUGGCAUGAUGAACAAAGAUGAACAGCAAUAUUUCGAUGAGUUUUUUGAAGAAAUUUUCACCGAAGUUAAUGACAAAUAUGGAGAGAUUGAAGAAAUGGAGGUUUGUGAUAACAUCGGUGAACACAUGAUCGGUAACGUAUACGUGAAAUUUGCUAGAGAAGAGGAUGCAGAAAAAUGUGUAAAAGCAUUGGAUAAUAGAUGGUUCAACGGGCAGGCAAUUUACGCUGAAUUGUCACCUGUUACCGACUUCCGAGAAGCAUGUUGCCGGCAGUACGAACUUGGUGGAUGCAAUAAGGGUGCAUUCUGUAACUUCAUGCACUUGAAACCAAUAUCCAGUGAUCUUCGUCGUAAACUGUACAAGGGACGCAAAAGAAGUCCACCAAGAUAUCACGGUGGAAGAGACAGAGAUCGUGAGAUGCGUGGAGGACGAGGUGGCCGUGGUGACUUUGGAGGUGGUCGCGAUUUCGGCGGUGGUCGCGACUUUGGCGGUGGUGGAGCUGGCUUUGGAGGAGGAAGAAGAAGGAGUCGCAGUCCUCGUAGGCGUUUCUGA